CCCCUCUAACUCCUUUCAUUUCCACCACACUCAUUUUCUCAAUUCUUGAAUGUCCCUCUUUUUCUUCUCUUCCAAAUUUUUUCUCCCAAAAAAUGGCUAUUAGGAAGUCAAACAAGUUGUCACAAACUGCAGUGUUGAAGCAAAUUCUAAAAAGGUGUUCGAGUUUGGGAAAGAAAAAUGGAUAUCAAGAUGAACAAGGACUUCCAAUGGACGUACCAAGAGGGCAUUUUGUAGUAUACGUUGGAGAAAACAGAACAAGAUACAUUGUUCCAAUUUCCAUCUUGUCAAGGCCCGAAUUUCGGAUACUCCUUCAACGAGCCGAAGAAGAAUUUGGCUUUGAUCAUGAAAUGGGACUUACUAUUCCUUGUGAUGAAGAUUUUUUCGAAUCUCUAACUUCGUCAAUGCUAAGGUAAAUAAAGGACAAAUGAAAAAAAAAAAAAGGAGAAGUGCAAGAUGAUGAUGAAGAAAUUAAUUGGAGUUAGUUAACUAUAGGCGGAGCUAGCUAGGUUGUCUGGAAAUUUUUAUAACAGAAGUUCCGGAAUCUACUUUAUUGCUUCUGUAUUUUAUUAUUAUUAUUUUUUUUUUUGUGUGUGUUUAUUGUUAACUAAACUGGAAACCUGGUGACGGGUGUGAUAGGUUUCUGUUUGUAAAUCUCAAAAGUCUGUAAUUUUCCUCAUAGUGGUGUUAGGUACUAAAAUUUGUACCCUGUGAGAGAUUUAACUAAUUAUAUAGUAUAAAUUAUAGUAA